UUGCAUGUCUGUUCUGUGGUGAAGUGCAAAGCACUGGUGCAAGUACAUUAUAUGAAAAAUCAAUGAAAGACUUUGAAUGAAAUCAUUUGAUCUGUUUUGAAGCACCAUAUCCCGCCUGAGCACUUUUUUGCAUCUCAAACAUCAUGCUAAGUUACAAAUCUACAUCACACACCCUUUAUGCUUCACAGCACCAAACCCCUCUAAACAAUUAUCGAGGAAAAAUCAUGAAAACACUAAUUAUUGUUCAUUGCCAUGCAGCUUUAUAAGACUUUACAAGAGGGAAUCUUAAAAACACUCUAGGAGUCGUACUUAGCAUAAUAGGAUCUGAAUUGGGUUUUUUUGAGUGAAGAAUCACUAAUCCCUCAAGUGAGAACUUCUAAAAGUAACUAUAGAAUGUGACCUUGAUUCUGGCAAAGAAGAGAUGCUCAUGUAUGCACUUGCCGAUGGACAGGAAUUCUCAUUGACGGAACUAAAAUAUUCAUAAACAGAAAUGAGGAAUAUUCAUGAGGGGCUUUAGUUUCGCAUCCACAACUGCCUUCAAGUGUCUUUUCUGUUGACCAAGGUUUGCUUAAUAUGACUUUCAUCGUUAGCUUCCUUUUGCUCUGUGAGAUCUGAGUGUGCGACUGAAGAUGCGCAACGUUCCCAUUUAUACGGAGAGAAUCGCUUUGAAGGUGCUCUGCUGGGAGGGAUGGCUUUGAGUGCAAUCUUCCAUCUCACUUGGACUUUGCGUUUGUGUUUUCCUAUGCCUGUGUAGGUGAUUAUGGCUGGGGAGCGUAAGCAGGGGACGGUGGGCAUCUUUGGCACAGGAGACUUUGGACGCUCUCUGGGGCUUCGUCUGCUCCAGGCAGGAUAUGAGGUCGUGUUUGGGUCACGUGACCCCAAGAACUCGGCACUGGUGCCCAAAGGUUCAAAGGUCAUGACCCACACAGGGGCAGCUCAGAUGGCUCAGGUGAUCUUUAUAGCCGUGCAGCGCGAUCACUAUGACUUCCUGACCUCGCUGACCCCUGCUCUGGAGGGCAAGGUGCUAGUGGACAUCAGCAACAACCUGAAGAGGGGCCAGUUCCCACAAUCCAACGCUGAGUACCUGAGCAGCCUGGUGCCGGGAGCAUCUGUGGUGAAAGGCUUCAACACAGUGUCAGCCUGGGCCCUGCAGUCAGGGGCGCUGGACGCCAGCCGACAGGUGUUGGUGUGCGGGGAUGACCCUAAAGCUAAGCAAGCAGUAGUGGACAUUGCCCACAGUCUGGGGCUGAGUGCCCAGGACAGGGGCUCCCUUGGUGCUGCUGGGGAGUUGGAGGACAUCCCCCUGCAGCUCUUCUCCAACUGGAGGCUCCCGCUCUGGGUCGCCACCGGGCUCACCGCCUUUGUUCUCCUCUACCUGCUCGUGCAUGACGUCACCUACUCUUACGUCGAGAAAGGACAAGACAACUUCUACCGCAUUAUGAUCUCGCUGCCCAACAAGGCGUUUCCUAUCGUCGCCCUGAUCAUGCUGGCUCUGUGCUACCUGCCGAGCAUUCUGGCGGCCAUCUUGCAGCUCCACAACGGCACCAAGUACAAGCGCUUCCCUGAUUGGCUGGGCCGCUGGAUGCUGUGCAGGAAGCAGCUGGGAUUGGUGGCCUUGGCUCUGGCUUCGCUGCACGUGCUCUUCACCUUCGUCAAGCCCAUCAGAUACUACUUCUUGCACAGAAAAGACACUGGUGUGAUAGAGCAGAUCAAAGAGAACAUAACUGAGCCGUUUGACAACACAGAAGCGUGGAGGUCGGACGCCUACAAGUCUCUGGGGGUUCUGGGCUUCGCCAUGUUUCUGCUGCUGGGGAUCACCUCUCUCCCCUCAGUUAGUAAUGCACUCAACUGGAGGGAGUUCCACUUCAUACAGUCCAAACUGGGUCAGCUGACUCUGGUGCUGUGCACGGCCCACACCCUGCUCUAUGGCUGGGACAAGUUCCUGCAGCCGGACCGGUACCACUGGUACACCCCUCCGGCCUACAUGCUGUCCCUGGUGCUCCCCUGCGCUGUGCUCGUGCUCAAGUUCAUCUUCCUAACCCCCUGCAUCGGCCUCCGCGUCGCUCGCAUCCGCAGAGGCAGGGAAAGGCCCGGAAAAAGCCGGAGUGAGCAUGCUACUGUCCCUAUGGACAAAGCUACCUCUCUGUGACACAGUAGUCAGUGCUGACCGUGCAUUUCACACAUGAAAUCUCAGUAAUGUAAUAUUUUCUUCUGAUUUCACAGUUCACUCAGUUCAGAAUCUACUUUGUGACUGUGUGGUGUUCAUUGACACAUAUUUAAAAACAGACUUACAUUAUACAUUCAUUGUACAUUGAUAGGAAAACUUUAAAAGAAAAUCUUAUACAGUACAUCAUAUUCAUGCAUACUGAAUCAGUCCUUUCGUCACUGUAUAAUAUCGUCAUUCAAUAUUAGACACAUAGCUGUAAAUGACUUGGUUGGUGGCUGUGUUGUCCUUCAGCCUCUCAUGACCACAUGCACUAAGUAGUCACUUGAAACGAUAUAAAGAUAGAUUGAAUUAUGAAUGUCUUAUGUAAGAACCUAUGAAUAAUUUCAUAAAGCUUGAAAAAACUUGAAUGACAUACACACAAGGGAACAUAAAAUGAAAAAAGCAGAAGCUUUGUGAGUGUGUGUGUGUGUGUGUGUUCCACUUUCAUGAGUGUAGUAGGUACCGUGCAGCUGUCUAUGUGAUGUAUCACACACACACACACACACACACACACACACACACACACACACACACACACACACACACACAGAAACA